AUGGCAUCCACUGAAUACAAUAAGCAGUGUGAGAAGAUCUAUGUGCGAAUUAUGGAAAAGAUGGAAAGGAGCCAUGAGGAGGGAGGCAGAUUUGCUCCCCAUGGUACCGCAAAGGAGGUGCUAGAGCGAGGAGAAGUCUUGCGAGACUUUUUUCGCAGUCUUCAAUUGAAGGAUAUCCCAGCAAAUGGUUAUGAUCUUACCGAAGAUAAUUUGAUCAACAAAAUGAGAGAACGGGAGCUUUAUGAUUUCCUCGCCAUACUCAUCUUCACUUCCUGCACUAUCACGGCCGCUCGAAGAUUCACCAGACUGCUGGCUCAAACUGACUGGUCGGAAGAUAUUUGCUCUUUACCAACAGAUCGUGAGAGGCUCACUAGGAUUUUCGGGGAACAGGUCACGCCGGACAAAUUCAUGACACAGCAAGCAUGCUUUUGUCCCAUCAGCCUAGAUCGGCAGUGUCUACCCUACCUGGAGCAGAAAUAUCGCGGGAAAGGUGCACAGGGCACUGUGUACCAAGUAAAGAUUGCCAAGGGCCACUUUGAAGACCCGGACAUCAUUGAAGGAACAAACCAGAAGCCAAAAGAACUGGCACGCAAAGAUUAUCAAUCCACUGGGGUUAUAGAAGACGACAUUUUGAAACAAAUCCUUGCUUGCGAUCGGACUUGUCCAAAUAUCGUCGAUAUUUACGGCAGCCUUUCCAUUGGCACAAAUUACAGCAUCUUCAUGCCCCUUGCCAUGUGUGAUCUGAGCGCCUACUUGGAGGACGACCGAGCCAGACCAAAUACCACUACAAAGACAGAUAUAAUCAACUCGGCUCGAGGACUCGCGCGUGGGCUGGAAUUCCUUCAUAAUGGCAUGAGGACCGCCGAGGGAGAUAGGAUGGUAUGUUACCAUAUGGACCUCAAGCCGAGCAACAUUCUGGUGUUCCUUGAAAAGGUUGGAGACAAGGAGGAAUUUGUCUGGAAGAUUAGUGACUUCGGCAUGUCUCGUCUCAAAUUGAGAUCUCGCAGGGAGGAGACCGACUUCGACAGCUGGUUUGUCCGAUUCCAACAGCCCAGGGAUGCAUCUACAUCGGGAACCUACAACAGACGCGGGGACGGCAGCACUUAUCUUGGACCCGAGUCCCUUUCACCACUUAGAGAUAUGAGAACAGCGAACGAUGUCUGGUCUUUGGGGUGUGUCCUCAGUAUUGUUUUUACAUAUCUAGAGGAGGGCAGCUUUGGCGUGGAGCAGUAUCGAGACAGGAGAAUGCAGCAUCGCAGUUCGGAUGGUGAUCGCUUCUUUGUCACAAAUCCACUGUUUGGUCGACCAAAGAUCCACCCAGCGGUCACACUAUGGCAUGACAAACUGAUCAAGAAAGCCAGACAGAGGAGCCACAAGGAAGGGGAAGCCGUGAAAUCAUUUCUGGAUUAUCUAGAGCAUGAUGUUCUGCAGCCAGAGCAAUCAAAGAGAUGCAACGCCCAGAAAUUGGAAGAUAAGUUGCUUGAAACAUUUCGGAAGUACAAGGAGUUGAACGAUGAAGGGAACCCACCUUUGCCAGAGGAAGAGCCUGGCCUUGCCAGCAGGCUACAGAGAAAGCGCAUCGAUGUCCUCAUAGGUGAGAGGCAAGAGCCCGCCACAGACAGACGUGUCGAGCAUUGGUAUCUAGGUCCGACUCAGUCUUUCAAAGGCUGCGAGAUCUCUCCGGAUGGAACUGUUAUUGCGUUUUGGACUGACACCACCAUUUCGCUUUAUACUGCGCAAUCUCUGGAGCAAAAGGGGAUUGGGGGCGCACGUUCAGCGGCGGAAUAUUCGCUCAAGACACCGGAAUACCGCUGGAAGAGUAUCAGCCUGACGAGAAAACAUCUGAUAGCUGCCACCUCCGGAGGCACUUUCCAAUGUUACAUCUUUAAACUACGAAAGGGGUUAGGUGUGGACGUCAAUCUUAGGCAUGGGGAGCGAAUCUCCGUACCAACGCUACCUGAGAUUAAAAAGGUGGCUCUCGCGCCUGGAGGUCAGACAAUAGCAUGCGUUGUCAAUGACAAGAAUGAGGGCCAGAACCCAGGAUCCUUAUAUAUUGGUUCUGUCAAUUCUCCGAAUGUGUGGCAGCUGGGGAAUAAACUGGACUGGCCGGCAGCAGACGUGGUUCAGCUAUCAUUCUCAACAAAUGACGAUCUUUACAUGGUCUUUCGACCACAACGAAGUGGACCAAACCACAAGCACGAAAUUCCCGUCAUACAUGUGUCCCUUAAGUUUAACCAGCUAUGCCCGCUCAUUAUCGAGCCUCAAGGCCUUGAAAGUAGCAGCACUGUUGGUCUUUUCACCUCUUUCGCCCCAUGUUCCCUAAGACCCCAUGUUUGUGUACUUGUCACCCGAGAAAAGCAGCUGUAUAUCCAAAGCCUCGCAAAAGUGGACGAGAAAGAUGAUACACAGGCCAACAUCAAGAAUUACCGAGUGCUUAAGCUAAUGAUGGGCAAGAAUGAUGAGAAAAUAUUCGCGGUGGGGAGGCGUGCGGCGCAUCAUAAGAUGCUUUUAUUGGAGAUUCCCAUGCCAUCACCCAAGGAAACAAAGGCAGCAACGAUUACUGUGACAGAGCUUGCUGAAAUCCCAGGCCUGACAUACAGCGAUGAGUUUGCCGAGAGAAUUGUCCACGGCGAAGAAGAGAGCGUUGUUAUUCUUGCCGCUUUGAUGGGUGCAAACCAAUGUGGCAUAUACAAAAUCACCGUGCCUAGGUCUAGAUCGGGUACUUCAGCGUCACAAUAG